GAGGAAAAACAAAGGAGACGGAUUGUGGAGGGAGGCUGUUUAUUCUCUUUUAUUCAUCUGUAAAUUCGUCAGGCCUUCAGUCUGUUAUUUGUUGGAGCUUUUACUCCCGCGGGUAAAGAUGUCGGUCGUGCAACCUAGUCGCUCGUCCACCGGCUGGCCGCGCCGCGGCAGCGAGCAGUUCGGGAACAAAUACAUCAGCGGGCCCGCUAAACCUCUCACCCUGGAGAGGACCAUCAACCUAUAUCCUCUCACUAACUACACUUUUGGGACCAAGGAGCCACUUUAUGAAAAAGACUGCUCCGUCGCCGCCAGGUUCCAGAGGAUGCGUGAAGAGUUUGAUAAGAUGGGCAUGCGUCGGACAGUAGAGGGUGUCCUCAUCGUCCACGAGCACAGGCUGCCUCAUGUGCUGCUUCUGCAGCUUGGCACAACGUUCUUCAAGCUGCCUGGUGGAGAGCUGAAUCCUGGAGAGGAUGAAGUGGAGGGUCUGAAACGCCUAAUGACUGAGAUUCUUGGGCGACAAGACGGCGUUAAGCAGGACUGGGUGAUAGAUGACUGCAUCGGUAACUGGUGGCGCCCCAACUUUGAGCCUCCACAGUACCCGUAUAUUCCAGCUCAUAUUACUAAACCUAAGGAGCAUAAAAAGCUGUUCCUGGUCCAGCUGCAGGAGAAAGCAUUAUUCGCCGUUCCCAAAAAUUAUAAGCUGGUCGCCGCUCCAUUGUUUGAGUUGUAUGACAACGCCCCUGGAUAUGGACCAAUCAUUUCCAGUCUACCACAGCUAUUGAGCAGGUUCAACUUUAUCUACAACUAACCCAAGCAGCGGUGUGGCUGUCUCUGUGAGUGCAGCCAGAGAGGCAUUGUGCUGAAAAAAAGGACUCCAUCUCUUCUCUAUCUUUUACAAAUACAAACACCUGUCAUGAAUGGUAAAUAAAAUAUCUGCAGGGGUGUUAUUGCUAUUGUAAGGAGCAAAACAUUAUGUUCGAGUUGUUUUUUUUUUGUUUUAUUUUUUAAACUUGUGAAACUGCAACUUUUUGUAGUAUGCAGGUCUGUGUCAGAAUCUGGUUUUAUGUUUGCCUGAAAGAUGCCAAUGUUUGAUUAAAAAAAAUACAACAUUGCGUUUCCUGUUGUUUAAACCUGUACCCACGCUGUCUUUUUUAAAAUAAAGUUGUGUUUAUAG